AUGUCCACCAGGACUGCAAGGCUGGGUCUACAGCUCAUCCAGACUCGUACCAUCUUGGCCCCGACCAAAAAUGUCUUGCCGACAUCACGACGCGAAGCUUCUUCGGUAGCUCUGGUUGCGCGGAGCCAUCACCGAGUCUCAGCUUCGAAAUUCACACCUCUGGCUGCGAACCCGCCGUCCACAACCACGACGCCUUCUUCAUUCUUCACCCCCUCUCUCUGUCGGACGAGAAAGGCAUCGACAUCCGCAAGUGCAGCCACCUCCACACCCUCUUCACCUCUCUCGUCGUCCUCCUCGUCCUCCUCCACCGCUCUAGAUUGGAAUACUUUCUUCCGUCUUCGAACCGUACGGCGCCGAUAUGCCCUCACUUCUUCCAUCAUUACGUCCUUUGCUUCUACGGCUGGUGCAUUGGUCGCGUUCUCUGAAAUCCCAGCCUUUGCUGAUAACAUCACGAAAAUCAUCCCUACUGAUCCCGUCAUCGGUAUCGGAAUUGCCACAUUCGGGGCCACCUUCUUUGGCUGGUUGAUCGGCCCCGCCUUUGGAAACACUCUUUGGAGGCUACUGCACCGAAGUCGGCUGCCAGAAUUCAACAAAAAAGAGCGGGAAUUUUUUGAAAGAAUUAAAAAGCACAGAGUCAACCCAAGUGGUGCAAGCACCAACAACCCGGUACCUGAUUUCUAUGGGGAGAAGGUGGGAAGUGUGGCCGGCUACCGACGGUGGCUCAAAGACCAGCGUGCUUUCAACAGGAAGCGGGGAGGAAAUUAUCCUUCGACUGUGUGA